AGUGCCCUGAAGUCCUUGCCCUACUUCACCCCUCCCCAGUCACUCCUAUACACGGCAUCUCACCCCACCUUUCUCCAACAUUCCUCUCAAGCAACCCUGAGAUUCAGAAUCCUGGCCAUUCUCUGACCUGAGCAGUCCUGCCCCUUCCACCAAACUGGGUCUUUCCUUUUUUCCUUACUUUACUGGCCUCAUCUCCUCCAGGAAGCCCUCCCUGAUGACCCUCACCUAGCAUGAAUUCAGCUUUAACUCCACUGUGCAAAGAGUCUCAAUCCCAUUUCACUGAUAUAUUUGUUUAGACUCAUCCCUCUACCGGGAGCCUCCCAAGCCUCAAGACAUUUCUAGGACCUGCCUCUUCUCACCAAGAUGAACUCACUGGUUUGUUGGCAGCUACUGGUUUUCCUCUGUGCCACCCACUUUGGGGAGCCAUUAGAAAAGGUGGCCUCUGUGGAGAAUUCUAGACCCACAGGCCAGCAGCUGGAAUCCCUGGACCUCUUGGCCCCCUGGGAGCAGAGCCUGCCGUGCACCGAGAGGAAGCCGGCUGCUACUGCCAGGCUGAGCCGUCGGGGGGCCUCGCUGUCCUCGCCCCCUGAGAGCUCCGGGAGCCCCCAGCGGCGCGGCCUGUCCGCCCCCAGCAGCCGCCAGAUCCCCGCACCCCAGGGUGCGGUGCUGGUGCAGCGGGAGAAGGACCUGCCGAACUACAACUGGAACUCCUUCGGCCUGCGCUUCGGCAAGCGGGAGGCGGUACCCCCAGGAGCCAAGGCAGAGGCGCUGGGCGGGGCUGAGGGCGCAGGUUCUGGGCAGUGAACUUCAGACCCCAGAGGAGUCAGAGCAUGCGGGGCGGGGAGGACGCAGGGCGAAGGGAGGGGGCACUGGACCUUCUAACCCAAGGCAAUAAAAGAAAUGUUGCAUAACUCA